CCGAGGGGAGUGGGAAACACGCCUCUGGAGCUGUAUCCUUGCGCUGCGGAUCCACCCACUCCCCCAUCCCCACCAGCGGAAUUAGCCCCGAUCCUGAAAGCAGGGAAUUCGCGCAUCUUGCGCUAUUUAAGCCGCGGCAGGCUGGAGGGAGGACGACGACUGCAAAGCCGUUCUCGGGAUUUCGGCGCGCCUCCGCCUCUCUUUGUCAAUUGAGCUCUCGCGGCUGGAUCUCCCGAUGGCCUCCUUUCCUCCCUUCAAACACCGAAAACCGUUUGCUUCCAGGAAGAAGGAAGUGACUGCAAUCCGGAUCAGAUUUCCUUAUAAACUGCCGGUGGUUCUGGAACGCUAUUCAAAGGAGAAAAUACUGCCGGCUUUAAACAAGGUGAAGUUUCUAGUCCCUGGAGAGUUCACCAUGGGCCAGUUUGUCGCCAUCAUUCGGAGCCGGAUGGGCCUGAGGUCCACGCAGGCCUUCUACUUCCUGCUGGACGGUAACCAUAGCCUGGUGAACAUGUCCUCCACCAUGGCUGACAUCUACACCACCUACAAAGACGAGGACGGCUUCCUCUACAUGACCUACGCCUCCCAGGAGAUGUUCGGUUGAGGGCCUUCAAACCUUCUUGAGAAGUUGGCCUGGGAGAUUGUCCUUUCGUUUUCCCACCCGUUUUAUUCCGAAUUUUGGCAGUUCUUCGGAACGUGUUUCUCAAACUUGGGGAGGUUCUAAUCCUUCCCCCGGCCCCGUUGCGCAGAACUGACUUUAUUGAGGAUGGUUUUGGGGUUCCUGAGCUGCAGGGACCUCUUCGGUGGCCAAUUGUCUUCUGCUUGGUGGUCUUCAAAGGAUCCCGAGCUUAAGAAUCUGGCCACUUCCCUUCC